AGGGACAUCCAGCAAUACAUCGCUCCGGCAAAGUGAGGCGGCAUCGGGGAGCUGCGAUUCCAGGGGACGCUGGCGAGAAGACACGAGCCCCUCACUCCGGGCUCAGCCUGAUCCCAUUGGCUCCCGAGCUGCUCUUUUAAAGCAGGGAAGAGCUCGGAGGGUUGAACUGCUCAGCCAGACGCAGAUUCUGAGCCAAGUUGUCAGCACGCUGCGAGGAAGAGCCUCACACACACGAGACUGCAGGGUGUCCGCAGCUUGAUGUGCUUUUAGUUCCAGAAAGCGAGAGAGGAGAGGAAACACACACACAAAAAAAAAAAAAAAAAUCAGAAAAGGGGGAAGGAGCCUCAUCCAGUCCAGCAGUCCCGGGGGGAAUAAUGGAUGUGACCAUAUCUCAGUUCAUCUUAGAAGAAUUUGAUGUCAACUGCAGCCUCCUGGAUCGCUUACAAGAGACUUUUUUAGAGAGUUCCUCAGUCCCUUUCCUGGGCUUUGAUGGUCCCUACUGCAAUGCCACCACGGAUCAGAUCGGGACCUGCUGGCCCAGAACCUCCGCGGGGGAACUGGUGGAGAGACCCUGCCCGGAAUUCUUCAAUGGGAUCAAAUACAACACCACGAGAAAUGCCUACAGAGAAUGCCUGGGCAAUGGGACAUGGGCUUCCAAGAUAAACUACUCUCAGUGUGAGCCUAUUCUGGAUGACAAGAGGAAGUAUGCGCUCCAUUACAAGAUUGCUCUCAUCAUAAACUACCUGGGGCACUGUAUUUCAGUAGGGGCCCUUAUAGUUGCCUUUAUGCUUUUCUUGUGCUUGAGGAGUAUCCGAUGCCUGAGGAAUAUUAUCCACUGGAAUCUGAUCACUACAUUCAUCCUGAGGAACGUGAUGUGGUUUCUGCUCCAAAUGAUAGAUCACAACAUCCAUGAAAGCAAUGAACCCUGGUGUCGAUGUAUUACUACUGUCUACAAUUACUUUGUGGUGACCAACUUCUUCUGGAUGUUUGUGGAAGGCUGCUACUUGCACACUGCUAUAGUGAUGACUUACUCCACGGAUAAGCUGAGGAAAUGGGUCUUUCUCUUCAUAGGAUGGUGUAUUCCUUGUCCAAUCAUCAUUGCCUGGGCCAUUGGCAAGCUAUAUUAUGAAAAUGAACAAUGCUGGUUUGGAAAAGAGCCAGGGAAAUAUAUUGACUACAUAUAUCAAGGGCCAGUGAUUCUUGUCCUUCUGAUAAAUUUUGUAUUUCUAUUUAACAUAGUUAGGAUUUUAAUGACAAAGCUGAGAGCUUCAACCACUUCAGAGACAAUACAAUACAGGAAGGCAGUCAAAGCCACCUUAGUCCUCCUGCCUCUGCUGGGCAUCACCUACAUGCUUUUCUUUGUCAACCCUGGUGAAGAUGACAUUUCCCAGAUCGUUUUCAUCUAUUUUAAUUCCUUCCUGCAGUCUUUUCAGGGUUUCUUUGUGUCAGUAUUUUACUGCUUCCUGAAUGGUGAGGUCCGUUCCGCUGCCAGGAAGAGGUGGCACCGCUGGCAGGACCAUCACUCCCUCCGAGUGCGUGUGGCACGUGCCAUGUCCAUCCCCACCUCUCCCACACGGAUCAGCUUCCACAGCAUCAAACAGACCGCGGCCGUGUGACCCGCCCCGCACAGACCCGCACCACCCGGUGGCCUUCGGAGAUCUUCACUCUCCCCAAGCCCCUUUCUGCAAACUUUCUUCCUUUGUCCUCGCUGAUCUCCUUUCAGUGAGGUGCCCGGCAUAUUCCUGUGGACUCUCAUCUCCCGUAUCCGUGAUGCUGCUUUUUAAGGCAACCAGGCAAAAGCCUUUUGGAGUCGGUGGUGGUAAAACAGAUUCAAAGAAGAAACAGGUUCAGCCCUGACUGCACUUUGUGGAAGUUCACAAUGCGAAGUCUGAAACAGCACACUGGCAGGAACAAUCAAUUUUUUUCUCCCUUUUUUUUUUUUUUUUUUUUUUGUGGUGAACAAAGACUGUUUUUAACAUACUGCCCAUCUCACCCUGUACAUUGAUUCCCAAUGGUUUCAACAGUUUGGUGUAUAAUAGCCCACCCAUUUUCUUGUUUCUUUGUAAAAAGUUUCUUCUCUGCGGAACUGUCGUUUGAGAACUUGUGGCAGCACAAAAAGAGCGUCUGGUGUGAAAAAUCCGAAUUUCUCUACUUUCCCCAUUCCUCCCUUUGCUAGACUGGGAGUUGUCAGGGCAUCAUUGGACUGUUAAACACGGGGCACUUUGCCUUGCAAGCACCGUGUCCUGUGCACACACAGAUUUUGCAAAGGACAGCAAUAGCUCUAAGUGCUCUACAAAAUAUCCUUAUUCCUCUUAGCCCCACGCUUUUGGCACAAUGUAAGUAGCCUUUGGGAAGUCUCUGGUUUUUUUUCAGCUCAGAGGACUGGGGUGGGGAAGGAAAACAGAACGUCUUUUCUGGGUUUAAAAAAUACAAAAGGGAAGCACUGUAAAAAUAGUAAUGAGAAGAGGAUGUUUGCAUUAUGAGGAUAGUGCUACAUGCUGCACAAAGAUACCUACUGAGCAUUUUGAACUAGAGCAAAUGUAUCUACCAGGCUUUUUAUGUGAUGUUCAAAAAUACUGUAUAUUUUCAAUAAUAAACACUACUCUGGGUUGGUUUCAAUAAAACCAGGCAUCGUUUUCUUUA